ACUCUACUUGGCUUAUCCCGCUCUUCAUUUUCCCAUUGUCGCCAUGUCAGCCGUCGAAAAAUUGCAACAGCAUCCGGCCUUCAAACAGGUGAAAAGCAAGGGAGAGUACUACUAUAGCCAGCUGGACAAGGAGCUUACCAAGUAUCCUGUGCUCAUCAACUUGGAGCAACGCACGCAGGUGCCCAAGGGCUACCUCGUCCUAGGCAGUGCUUUCAUCAUCACCUUCCUGCACAUCUUCAACUCCUUCGCUGCUCCUGUCUCCAACCUCGUCGGCUGGGCCCUCCCUGCGUACCUCUCCUUCAAGGCCGUCGAGUCGCCAUCCCCCCACGAUGACGUGCAGUGGCUGACGUACUGGGUCGUGUUUGGGUUCUUCAACUUUUUGGAGAGCUUUGCUCUCCGGCUUGUGCUGUACUACGUCCCAUGGUAUUUUGCCUUCAAGACGCUCUUCAUUGUGUGGUUGCAACUUCCUGUCUUCCGAGGUGCUCAAGUUACAUAUGUCAACAUCCUCAAGCCUGUCCUGAACAACAUAAGCUCGAGCGGUGCCGUCGCAAAGGCAGAUACUCUUCGCGAGCGUACCGCUGAAGCAACCGAGUAAACCGGGUUAUGUUAUAAUUCAUGUUGAUUGGCUAUAGAACAUUUUUUUCUCUUCUCUUCUUUUUUUUUUUUUUU